UAACAGGCUCAGAGAGACAGCUGGAAGAGAAGGAGUAGCACUGAGACACAGAGCAGGAAGAAAACAGCACUAGAGCCAUUCAGACACCACAGGGAAGAAUGCAGAUAUCUUAGACUUCCAAAAACCCACCCAGCAAUGGGUAGAUUAAGUAAUUUGAUUUUUGAUUUUUUGCUGAUGCUCAGACGACUAAGAUCAGCCCCUGAGGCCAUCAUGCUCUGAAGGCCCUUGGCAGCAGGGCUGCACACAGCCAAGGAAAAAGCCAGGCAAACAGCAGCAUUUAGUGCGGGAGCUGAGGCUAGGCCACACAGUCGGAGAACGCGGCUUCAGACGAGGGAGUAGAGAUAAAAGACAGCAUGCGAACCUCUAGGAAGGGGAGUGUGGAAAUGCCUGCUUUUGUUCGGCAGCUGGUGAAAGAGACAGAGAAGCGGGUCACCUCCUUUUUCAAAGGCGGACGCGGGGGAGGCGCAAGUGAACUGGCCGAGGGGGAGGAGGUGGGCGAGGAGGAGGGGGUCAUACCCAGCCCAUACCUGGAGCGGCCCGUGCUGGACAAGUACACGGAGGAGGGUAGCUCCUCCUGGGGCCUGACUUACGCCCUGGCCAGCAUGCAGGGCUGGAGGGCCCACAUGGAGGACUUCCACAACUGCUUUCCACAGCUGGGCGGAGAGCUGGCCCACUGGGGUUUCUUUGCCGUGUACGAUGGCCAUGCUGGCAGCACAGUGGCCCAGCAAUGCUCGCGGAACCUAUUGGAUCACAUACUGGGCACAGGUAAGGUCCGGGCAGAGGAGGACAUGGAGCAGGUCACUGAGGGUAUACGGGAGGGCUUCUUCCUCAUGGACAAACACCUGCAUGCCAUGGCCUGUCGCGAGGGCUGGGAGCGUGGUGGUACCACUGUGGUCUCCACGCUCAUCACCCCGCGCCACAUCUACUUUGCCAACUGUGGUGACUCGCGGGCCAUCCUGUGCCGGGCAGGUGGUGUGGCCUUCUCCACCGAGGACCACAAGCCUUUCAGCCCUGGUGAGAGGGAGCGAAUCGAGGGCGCCGGUGGCUCUGUGACCCUGCAGCGUGUCAAUGGCUCGCUGGCCGUCUCCCGGGCUCUGGGCGACUUUAGCUACAAGGCGGCUGAGUGGCGGCCUGCCUCUGAGCAGAUGGUCUCACCUGAGCCAGAGAUCUCGGCCGUGGGGCGCUCCCCAGUCGAUGAGUUCAUCGUACUGGCCUGCGAUGGUGUGUGGGACACUGUCAGCAAUGACGAGUUGUGUGCAUUCGUGCGAAACCGACUGCAAGUGUGCACGGACCUCCGAGAUGUAUGUUCGCAGGUCAUCGAACUCUGCCUCUAUAAGGGAAGCCUUGACAAUAUCAGCAUUAUUCUAGUGUGCUUCCCUGGUGCCCCCCAGCUGUCACAUGAGGCACUGCACCACGAAGCAGAAUUAGAGGACUUGUUGGAGUCUAAAGUUGCUGAAAUAUUUGAGGAACUGAGUGGGAGAGGAGAUGAGCCUGAUCUCUUGUCAGUCCUUACUGUGCUGGCAUCAACAGUGAUACCUGGACUACCACCAGGGGGCGGGCUUCAAAGCAAACGAAACUGCAUCAUUUCAUCUUACUAUCAGCAAAAGGAAGCCCGGAAAGCUAGGUUAUCCCAGGAACUUGGUUCUCCAGAUUCUACAUAGAAUUAAUCGUCUAAACUUUUAUUAGAAAUGGAUUCACGUUGAGAUGCUGUGUCAUUUUCAGAUGGAGAGAUAUCUUUCUAUUAACAUCAACAUGCCAGCAUGAGUAAGCAUUGUCUGGCAGCUGCCAACAUACUCAAAUGUUACUUUAAGAAUGCCUAGAGAAGCAAUGCUCUGCAAUUUCUCGAGAUUAAAAAAAAAACACUGUAUAAUGACUAGCUACAUUUCCUUCAAUACUUUAGGUUCUGAUAUAUUGCUCAUUUUUCCUGGCUAAAUCAAUUUCAUAUGUAUACACUCAGGUAAUGUGUAAAAACUUUUAAUGAGCCCUUGAAAGCUCUUGAGUUUUAGAAACAUAAUGCAGUUAGACUUUUCUAACAAUUAAUUUCCCAAACCUAAAUGAGAAGAAAGCCAAAAUGAUUUUUCCAAUCUUUUCCAUUUGUGUAAGCAAGCACUUUGAGGUUUCUGAUCAUACAGACCUAUAACAAGGACAAAUAUUAGGAUUGUUCGAGUUCUUCAACUGUCCUUUUCUGUAAUCUAUUAUUUGCAUGAUCUGUAUUGUGCUGCCUUACCAACUUCUUUAAAAUUAGAUUAACAGUGUUAACAUUUAUGAAGGAUGUAUAUUCAGUGAAUUGAUUCAUUAUUGUAUAAUGUUAUGUGAAAUGAUCUUUGUGCAUAUUUUACACAUCUUAUUUACUGAUACCAUUUGUGUUUAUUUAAAGGUUUAAGAUUCAGUAAUAAAUAAACUUACUUACAUAA